GGCGCUUCGGGGACGCGGAUGCUGCGCUCCUGGCAUCGUUCUGCCUCCUCCUCCUCUGCGGGAUGGGCAGGAUGUGUCACUGGGACAAUAAGUUUAAAGAGAGAAAGGAGGUGGCCGUGUGGUGUCAGGUUGCCAAACUUCUUGGUCAUGCUUGCUUGAUACCUCCUUCCACUGUCCGCCUUGCAGAGGAUCUGCUUCGCCACAUGGACCAGCGCGACACCUGGGACCGCUUCUAUUCUGAGAAAGGGGCUAGCGGCCCCCAACAUUUUGACUGGUUCUUCGGCUACAGAGACGUCUCGGGAUUGCUGCUGUCCACCCUUCAGGGUCUGCCCUCUGGUGAGGCCCGAAUCCUGGACGUCGGCUGUGGCACUUCAGCCUUGGGCCUAGGGCUGUACCGAGACUCACCCCGCCAGCUCCACGUUUCUUGUUUGGAUUUCUCCCCUCUGGCCCUAGACUCCCUGCGCCAGCUGCUCUGGGACAGCCCCCCACCGCGGCACCCACUUUCCCAGCUGUGCUGCCAUCUAGCCGACGCCACUGACUUGAGGGACACUUUUGAAUCGGGCUCUUUUCUCCUCGUACUUGACAAGGGGACCUGUGAUACGCUCCUCCGGUGCCCCCGAGGGCCAGGCCGAGCCAAGCAAUUAGUGGCAGAGUGCCUGAGGGUCCUGAGGCCUGGGGGCAAGCUUCUUCAGUUCUCUGAUGAGGACCCAGACGCCAGGGUACCGUUCCUGGAACAAGCCGGCGGUGUGGAUGUCACCGUAACAGAGGUCGGGCACAUUAACGGUGUUUGCUACUACGUCUAUACACUUGUUCAAAGGCUCCUGGACUCAACUGAUAGCAGGGAGCAAAGUCCACAAGGAAAAGGACUCAAAAGUGGACCUGAUGGUUUGGAUUAAACCCAAUGCGGUAAGAAGAGUUGAAGUUUUAAUCUGGAGAGAAGUUUGAGGAAUACGUCUGUGUUCAAAGCACCUGGGAAGUGGUUACUGCCUGGGCAUUGGACAUGGCGGGUUGAUCUUUUCUCGGGAUCAGUAGGAGUCUGUGUGUGCUUGCUGGCUUGCUUGCUUCCCACCUGCUCAGC